AUGUGGAGGAAAGCAGUCGGAAGCUACUUCGGCGGUAAGGGCGACGCCAAGGAAGACGAGGACGCAGCUGCGGCUGAAGGCAAACCAAAUGAUGAGGCAGCAGAUGCAAACCCCAGGGAAGAACAGAAGGAAGUCAAAGAGGAACCGAAUUUGGAGGAGGUUCCCAAGCCGAGUACAACUCGAAGGGGAAGGCCUUCCACAAAGAAAGGAACCAAGGGGAAGGAUAGCAAGGGAGAAAAAGGGGCAUCGGAAAAUAAGGAGGCACCUGAUCAAAAAAGCAAAGAUGGUAGCGGUGGCAGCGGUGACAGCGGUGGCACCGGUAAUGUUGGCGGAAGUGAAGCAAACCAGGGCGACGCCAACGAUGGCAGCGCCCUAAAGGAAGGGAGCGGGGACGCAGGCGAGAACGCGGAUGAGACCAAAAGUGUGAAAAAGAAAAAAAACAAAGAGGAGGAGGACCCACAAUCACAGCAAUCGCAACAGUCGCAAGAACUGCAAAAGGAAUCGCCGCAUGAAGCGGAAGGGGACGCUAACGAGGCACGUAGCAAAAGACGCAGCGAAUCGCGCGAAAAAAAAAGCGAGCCUGCGGAAAAGGAAAGCUCAGCUGGAAACAAUCCGUCAGACGAAAAAAAGGCAAGAGAGAAAAGUCGCGAAAAGGCAAGCAGCGACCUGCAGGAAAAGAUGAAAAUAAUUAAGGAGAAGCUCAAGUCGAGCGAGCGCAGUCAGGGGGCAAGCAUGGAAGAGCUCCAGAACAAAGAGGAGGGACGAAGUAGAGAAAAGGGACGAAGCAGGGAAGAUGGGCGAAGUAAAGAAGAGGGACGAAGCAGGGAAGAGGGGCGAAGUAGAGAAGAGGGGCGAAGCAGGGAAGAGGGACGCAGCAAAAGAAAGCACAAGGAUGUGCCAUCAAGCAGCGAUGAAGCCCACUCCUCUAAAAGGAAGAGGCGAAGCGGAGAAAGGGGCAUGGAAGAGAGAGGCGAAAAUGUAAGUAGGCACCGACAUAGGAGUAGAGAAAGAGAGAGGAGCGAAGAAGGAGAUAGAGACAGAGACAGAGACAGAGAGGGGGACAGAAGCUUAGAAAGAAUUCGAAGCAAGGAUCUGGCCAGGAGCAGAGGCAGGCACCGAAGCAGAAGUAGACAUCGCAGCAGAAGCAGACACAGGAGCCGAAGCAGAGGAAGACACCGCAGUAGAAGCAGAAGCAGAGGCAGGCAUAGAAGCAGACAUAGAAGCAGACGAGGAAGAGAUAGGAGCAAAAGGUUAAGUAACAGUGAUAGCGACAGCAGCAGUGAUGAGAGACAUCACCGACACCACCACAAGUCCAGAAGAAGAAGAAAAAGAAGUUCCAGAAAUAGUAGUGAUAGAGAACACUCCAGUGGAAGCACAGGAAACAGAAAUGGAUAUGACAGGAAAGACAGAUCAUCUUCUAGCGAAAGAAGAAGUAAAGAAGGCAGAAAAAAAAAAAAGACAAAAUGGGACACUGUAGAUGAAAAUUUAUUGAAAAACAAUUUGCUAGAUAACAGUGCCAAUGGAUUACUGCAACAGCAGAAUUUAGCACUAGCUAAUGGUUUGGGGGCAAAUAACAAAGUGACCCCAUUAGGUAGAAACCCUUACGAAGUGGAAGGAGAUAAAAAGCAAAGAAAAUUAUACAUUGGAUCAAUUAUAAAAGAUUCUAGUUUGGAAAUAAAAAUAGGAGACAUUGUAUUGAUGCCAAUAUUGAAGUGUGAAAUAUUCAACGUUGAAUCUAGAUUUUGUUUUCUAGAAUUUAGAAGCCUUGAAAUUACAUGGCUUUGUCUAAGGCUAGAUGCUAUUUCGUUUAAUAAUUAUUGCUUACGGAUAGCUAGACCACAUGAUUUCGUUCCUCCCCCAGGAGGGGACCCAGCACUGACUGUCGUAUUCACAGAUAUCAAUCACGAAGUAUUCGAAAUGGUGAAACCGGUAAAAAUCGCUCCAGUAAGAAGCACAGGAGAUGAUGACAACAAAUUAUAUAUACAGAAUUUGCCCCACGAUUUGAGAGAUGAUCAGAUAAGAGACCUGCUACAGCAGUUUGGGAAACUAAAAGGAUUUAACGUUAUAAAAGAUUUAAAUACUGGAUUGAAUAAAGGCUAUGGUUUCUUUGAAUAUGAAGAUAGUAACUGCACACCUAUUGCCAUGCACGCUUUGAAUGGCUUUGUGUGUGGACAGAACAUACUUAACGUAAAAAAAGCUACAUUCGGAAAAAGCCAAAAUAGUACGCAAAAUGCAAACACGACAAGUUUAGCAACUGGCAGUGUCGAUUUGCCAGUGUCACUUUUGCCAAAUUCCAUUUCGCAAAAAAUUCUGAGUAAUUCCAUCAUAGGUUUGCAAAUUCAGGCGUCCAGAAAAAUUGGCGAAAAAUCUUCUCGAGUGGUUCAACUCACCAAUGCUGUUUUUCAGGAGGAUUUACUUAUCGAUAGUCAGUAUGAGGAAAUAUUAAAGGAUAUUAAGGAAGAAGCUGAAAAAUAUGGGCCCCUUCAAAACAUUGUAAUUCCAAAACCAAAUAAGGAUUUGUCCUACACGGAAGGCGUUGGCAAAAUUUUUCUUCAUUACGCAGAUGAAACUACGGCCAGGAAGGCACAGUACAUGUUAAAUGGGAGACUGUUCGAGAAGAGAGUAGUAUGCGCUGCGUUCUACUCGGAGGAGAAGUUCCUGGCGGGGAAAUACGUCCUCUCAUAG